CCUCAGAAUGUGGUACUCUGUGAUGUGAGUGUACAUGCAUCCAACUUAGUUACUUUGACAAGAAACAUUAUAUUUGAUCAUUGAAUAUGCAUAUAACAGGUUGGCUUCUUGCAGUUGCACUUGUUUUUGGUAGCUGUUCAUUUUCUUCAACGGGACCUUUCCAUGCACAGUGCAAAGUUGAAUGGUAUUUUGGGAUCCCCUGUGGUCAGGUGUAUGAAAUGCUGGUCACCCAAAUUAAAAAGUGGAGAACUCUCUCAAGCUGUGCAAUCGGAGGACAGAAGUGCCUUUACAAGCUUCAGUCAGCCUCAGUCCACUUCAUUGCUGCAAAACACACAACCCCCAUAAAGAGGCAGGUUGAUGAUAUCACCUUCCGACUAGUGACCUAUGAGUUCUUCAGUCACUGCCAUGUCUUGGCCAUGUCUGUCUCAGAGACCUGGUAUACCAUUAAAGACCAUGGCACUAACUACUGUAACCUCUACAACCUCAUGGAAGGAAGUGGACUGAUCAGAGUCAGGGGAUAUAUGGAAGUUACGAGUGAAUUCCUUUGUACCCAGCGCUCCUCUGCCAACUGCACACUCUACUGACCCACCUUAACUCUCCCUGACCUACUUUGGAACAUCUUUUAGUUAAUGUAGGGAUUACCAAGUCUGAACUUGUGUUAUACCACAACAUGCCCUCAAACUCUCUGUAGCAUUAAGCUACUGCAGUAUGCAUAAUAAACCAUUGUGAUAUGUAAAUGACAGGUUGCUCGUCCUCGGAUAAAUGCAAAUAAUAGUGUUAUAUUCACAGCUGCAAUGUUUUGUGAUGUCUUUUUGUAUUCUUAAAAUGU